UUUCUUUUUGUUCCCCGAGAGCAACCCACGAUUAGGUUUGUUUUCAUUUUUCUUUUUGUCCAAAGUCCAAACCCUCCUAACAUCCCCCGUUCUGUAACUCUCAUCCAUCGUCACUGAAGAGCCACCAAGUGUUACAAAAGCCGAAGAGAGAGUAUCAUUUAUUCCUUGAUCUCGAACCCUGACACCGACCUCUAAUGGCGUCCAAGUUUGGCUUGGCAGGUGGAAUACCGGAGCGACGGGUCCGGCCCAUUUGGGACGCUAUCGAUUCGCGGCAGUUCAAGAACGCUCUCAAGCACUCCGCCUCGCUUCUUGCCAAAUACCCCAACUCACCCUACGCUCUUGCACUUAAAGCUCUCAUUUUGGAGAGGAUGGGGAAACCUGAGGAAGCACUAUCUGUUUGCUUAAGUGCCAAAGAGCUGUUGUAUAAGAACGACACCUUUUUGAUGGAUGAUCUCACUCUAAGCACACUGCAGAUUGUUUUCCAACGACUUGAUCACUUGGACUUGGCUAGAAGCUGUUAUGAAUAUGCUUGUGGGAAAUCCCCAAACAAUUUGGAACUAAUGAUGGGGCUUUUCAACUGCUAUGUCCGUGAAUACUCAUUCGUGAAGCAGCAACAGACAGCUAUCAAAAUGUAUAAGCUUGUUGGUGAAGAAAGAUUUUUGCUCUGGGCUGUUUGUAGCAUUCAAUUACAGGUGUUUUGUGGUAAUGGUGGAGAGAAGUUAUUACUCUUAGCUGAAGGUUUACUCAAGAAGCAUGUUGCCUCCCAUAGCUUGCAUGAACCUGAAGCUCUUAUUGUCUACAUUUCUGUACUUGAGCAGCAAGCUAAGUAUGGUGAUGCUUUAGAAAUUCUCUCUGGGAAAUUAGGAUCACUUUUUGUGAUUGAUGUUGAUAGGCUGCGCAUACAGGGGAGGCUUCUUGCUCGGGCAGGUGACUACUCUGAUGCUGCCAAUAUAUUUCAGAAAAUCCUAGAAUUGAGCCCUGAUGAUUGGGAGUGUUUCCUACAUUAUUUAGGCUGUUUGCUGGAGGAUGAUACCAACUGGUGUAAUGGGGUCCCCAAUGAUCCAAUUCUUCCAUCAAAACACAUGGAUUGCAAGCUUUCACACUUAAAAGAAGAAGUGUUUGAUUCUCGUAUGUCAGAUGCAUCAGAAUUUGUACAAAAGUUACAGGCAGGCACCAGUGACAAUACUUUAAGGUGUCCGUACUUGGCAAACCUUGAAGUUGAAAGGAGGAAGCACCUAUAUGGAAAGGGGGAUGAUGACAAGCUAAUGGAUGCUUUGAUGCAAUAUUUUUUCAGGUUUGGUCACUUGGCCUGCUUCACUUCUGAUGUAGAGGUGUUUCUUGAAGUCUUGACUACUGAUAAGAAAACAGAGUUUUUGGAGAAGCUAAAGAAAGGCUCCGAGUCCCUUUCAACAGUGCCAACUAAAGUGCUUGGGCAGUCGAUUACUAUCUUAAAGGUUCAAGAAGUAGUUGGCAAGAUGUACAAGCUCUCGAAGAGUGAACUCGAGGGCUCUGCUGUUCAGAUGGUGGAGUUGUACUGUAGAAACCUUCCACUUUCAAAGGACUUGGAUCCACAAGAGAACAUGCAUGGGGAAGAGUUACUAUCUAUGGCAUGCAAUGUGUUGGUUCAGUUAUUCUGGCGUACCAGGCAUCUUGGCUAUUUUAUAGAGGCAAUUAUGAUUUUGGAGUUUGGCUUGACCAUCCGAAGAUAUGUAUGGCAGUACAAGAUCUUACUGUUGCACUUAUAUUCUCUCGUGGGUGCCCUUUCAUCAGCGUAUGAAUGUUAUAAAUCUCUGGAUGCAAAGAAUAUCUUGAUGGAAACUGUUUCACACCACAUUUUACCCCAGAUGUUGGUAUCUCCCCUUUGGGUGGAUUUAAAUAAUUUGCUAAAAGACUAUCUCAAGUUUAUGGAUGACCACUUCAGAGAAUCUGCUGAUCUUACAUUUCUUGCAUAUCGCCAUAGAAAUUACUCAAAAGUAAUCGAAUUUGUGCAGUUUAAAGAACAAUUGCAACACUCUAAUCAGUAUUUAGUGGCAAGGGUUGAAGCACCCAUCCUGCAUUUAAAGCAGAAUGCUGAUAACAUUGAAGAGGAAGAGCGUGUUCUUGAAAGCUUGAAAUUCGGGAUCCAAUUUAUUGAGCUCUCCAAUGAGAUUGGAUCCAAGUCUUUAACCUUCAAUGAAGACUUGCAGUCACGGCCUUGGUGGACGCCAACUUCAGAAAAAAAUUAUCUUUUAGGUCCAUUUGAAGGAAUAUCUUUCUUUCCCAGAGAAAACAUGACAAAAGAACGUGAAGCAAAUGUACUGAGAGUUAUUGAGAGGAAAUCUCUUCUUCCUCGAAUGAUUUACCUGUCUAUUCGAAGUGCUUCUGCAUUACUAAAGGAGAAUUUUGAAGUGAAUGGUUCUCUAUCUGACCCUAAGAUUUCCUCAGAACUGAAGUUUCUGCUUGAACGCUAUGCUAAACUGUUGGGAUUUUCUUUAAGUGACUCAAUAGAAGUAGUUCUGGGGGUGUCUAGUGGCGUAAAACCUUCUUCGACUAUUGAUUCGGAUUUGAUCGACUGGUUGAAUUUUGCCGUGUUUUUAAAUGCAUGGAACUUGAGUUCCCAUGAACUAGCACAGCCAGAUUUAGAUGGGUACAAGGCUGGUAGUUGGCACAUCGUGGAUUCCCUGCUGAAGAAGUAUAUUUCAGAGAAGGUCAGAUCUAUGGAUCCUCUAAUCUGCUCUCCCUGGGUUGAUCUUCCAAUUUUGGUGCAAUUGGUUUCAGAGCCAUUGGCUUGGCAUGGUCUUGUACUCCAGUCUCGUGUCCGGUCAUCUCUUCCAUCUGGAAAGAGGAAGAAGAAAGGUGGUCCAGAUUCUACCUCUCCCCCGUUCCAUGCAAUUCGAGAAUCAAUCCAAUCUUCAUGUGGUGCAAUAGAAGAUGUUAUGAAAUGGUUAAGAGAACAGAUAAACAGGCCAGAGGAUGAAAAUUUGGAAACUACACUCUCCUUUCUUCAGGGUAAAGGACAGAAUGAGGGCCCUGGUCAGGUUUUUAAGAUCGUAGAAACUUUUUCAUCAUCCAUAAAUGACACACAGCUUGGCGACUGGAUCUCCCAAGCAGUAAAGUGUUGGAGUCCUGUUGAUGUUGCAAGGAAAAUAGUAACUGGGAAGUGUACAGUACUAUCAGAGUUUCUCCAAAUGUGCGAAUCAAAAAUGAAGUUACUACAGGCAUUAAAACAGCAGAUUGCUCAAGUCUGAAGUUUGAUUACUAAGGGACUGGUGGUACUGCCGUUUCAUGGGUUUGCCUUUGAUCAUUGGCACUUCGCUUCUAUCUUGGGUGCCUUCAUCAUCUCCAACAUUUCAAUAUCGUCCUACCGCAAGGUUGGUGUGUGAUGGGUUGAACUGGUAUGACAGUGUACGCGGAAUAAACUGGCAAUUCUUUUUCCUUUUUUCCGUUACAUCUGUAGCAGAUUUUGUUUUGUAUUUCUAAACCUAAUUUGUUUGGCAGUGUAUCAUCCAUUUUUAAUGGUACUUCACAUCGCAGUUUUGUUUUUCGAUGAAAAAUAUUGCAUAGUAUUGUAAUAUACUUUCAUAAUAUAGCAGAAUCACUAGACGGUUUA